AUGGCCUUAGCAGUCAGAGCUUCGCAGCCGCUGGGGCUCCGCCCUGCGGAGCAGCUGGAAUGUGCUGCUCCCGCAGAGACCCUCUGCUUGAGGGAGAAUGCCGAGGAGGAGGCCAAGGAGAAUUGGCAAUAUCAGAAUCUGCUGUCGGUGGCCUCCUCUCAGCUCCAGCGCUUGGAGCAGCAUGGUGCCCUCAGAAAAAGCCCAGGCUACGACUUGUCGGAUCCCUGGCUGGUCGCGGGAUCAGAAGCCGAUGGGGCGAAGUCGGGCAAGUCCCGUGAAUUCGCGCGCCUAUCAGUUCCUGGCAUGCCAUGCCAGCUGGUGGGGGAGGUGGCACGGAUUGUGGCAUAUUUGGGCCCUGCUGGCGCCACCAGCAGCAAGCCCUCGCCUGCCCAAGCUUGUGACGUCCGGCUACCUGAAGGCACCGUGGCCACGUACCCGCGGAGCCGGUUGCUGCCUCUCCCCACCAGGCCAGCAUUGCAGGGUGACUGGGCUUUGGCUGUGGAUUUGCGAGGGGCUCUGGAGCACUUCAACGGCUUCAGAUGCGUUUGUGGAAUUGGUGCUCGCACCGCCAGCAAGGAGCAGGGCUUCUGGGUCAUGUUUGAACCCAAGGAGGCUGGAGCGCGACCACACUUGGAGCUGCUGCCUAAGGCUAACUUGGUUGCACUUGCGGGCCCCUCACCUGGCUCCUGCCAAACUCCAUGGGAAGCGCGCUUAGCUAGUAUCGCUCCGCAGGCCUUCGCACAGCUGGCACAGGAAGACCUCGAGGACGAGGCCGCCGCGGAAGCUCAGCGAGCUUCGCGCCUUCAAGCGCUGUGUGACGGCGAUGAGGAAGACGAUGAUCAGAGCAUGGACCUGGAGGAUAGCGAUCAAGAGGACGAAGAUGAGGAAAAGCUGGAAGUGGCUGCUGGCCGCGUGGUUCGACUGGCAGCCAGCGGAUGCCUUGGGGUGGUCGAGAAGAUGGACAAUACUUGGGCGGCAGUGAAACUCUGCCAGGGGCCUGGCAGCAAAGUAGAGAAAUGCGCCGUGGCAACAUUGAAGGCUCUUUCGGAAGACCAGGCGAUACAAGAGGCUGUCUGCAGCGUCUGCGGGGUGGCUCCGCCAGAGGCAAAGCUGUUGAUCUGCGAGAACUUCGCAAAGUCGUGCUCCUCAACAACGCAUAUCCAUUGCCUCAGCCCUCCUCUCAAAAAGGUGCCUGAAGGGGACUGGUAUUGCUCCAGCUGCAGCUCCUUUAAGGCAACUGCAAAGGGCCCGAGCAAGAGCUCUGUGUCAGAGCCGGCGCCCAAAGCCAAGGGCAAGGCAAAGGCAGCCCCCAGUGCAAAGGUCACAGCCAAGGCCAAGGCCAAGGCCAAAGUCCUUUCGAAAGCCAAAAGUGGCAAGUCAAAGCAUGGGUAG